AUGAGUAUAAAUGAAUAAGAACUACAGAAUAAUGUAGAAAAAAUAGUAGAAAACUACAUGAAGAGAGUAAAACCAGUUAGUCGAUAAAAUUAGUUGCUUUAAAAGAAUGAAGAUUAUCGCGAGAUUACUUAAGAAAUUGCUCUGAAAGAAUUAUAAAAGUCUUCUCUCUUGGAUAAUUUGUUAAAACAAAUUGAAUUAAUAGUUGACAAUCUGAUACAGAAAUAUUUUUUUGAUUUUCAAAACUAACUUCUGCAUAUAUCGAAUGAACUUUAUUAAUUGAAGUCAAAGUCAUCCAUAUUCGGAAGUCAAGAAAGCGCAAUGAAAUAUACACCUGUAUUAUCAAAGAAUAGUUCAUUUAAUGAUAUCAACGAUUAAUUUUUAUUCGAAGAUUCGAUAAAAAGUGUUAAAGAAAAAAUUAAAGCAGUGAAAUAGGAACUAAAUAAGAAAAUUUAAAAUCAUGAAUUAUUGAUCAACAUGCUGUCGGAUUAAUAGAAGGAAGUCAAAGAGAAUUUUAAAAAAAAUUAACUCGAUGGUAAUGUAAAGUAGGUCAUAAAUAAAGUGCAUCAAUAACUAAUAUCAGUUUUAGAAAAUAAAUGUAAUGAAGUAUUUGAAAUCAAAUACAAUUAAUUGAAAUAGUUUGUAGAAUUAAAUAAUCAGAAAUUUAAAACUAAGGAAGCUGUGUUGUGGACGAUUGUAAAUGAAAAUAAGAGUGAAAUGGACAAAAUAAAUGCGCAGAUAGACAAAAUAAAUACCUAGAUGAAUGUUAUGAACAAAUUUAUACAAGACCUGAAGGAAAAUAAUAAUUGGUUUGCAAAUAUUUGGAAAUGAUAAUGAAAUGAUAGUGUUUAAUUUAAUCAAAUUAUUAAUUCAUCA